GGAGGAGGCAGCGAGACGCGGCCUGAGAUGUUGGCCCGGCUGCUGCUCUUCCAGGCGGCCUGGGGGUCCGCACUCCUCCCGGGGGCCCAGGGCAGAGCCUACGGCGGAAGGAAGAAGCUGGCCAACUUCGCCCUGGAGAGACGUCGCCUUGGUCCACAUGUUUGCCUCUCUGGUUUUGGAAGUGGCUGCUGUCCUGGGUGGAUACCAGCUCCAGGCAGUGGACAGUGCACCCUACCACUUUGUUCCUUUGGCUGUGGCAGCGGCUUCUGCAUUGCUCCCAACCUAUGUUCCUGUAGAGAAGGAGGGCAGGGCAUUACAUGUCAAGACCCUCCUGGGGCCUGUGGAGAGUAUGGCUGUGACCUGGCCUGCAAUCAUGGGGGCUGCCAGGAAAUGGCACGGGUGUGCCCUCUGGGGUUCUCCAUGACGGAGACGGCCAAUGGUGUACGUUGUACAGACAUCGAUGAGUGCCUGAGUGCCUCCUGUGAAGGGCUUUGUGUGAACACGGAAGGUGGCUUUGUCUGUGAAUGUGGCUCUGGGAUGCAACUGUCGGCUGACCGGCACAGCUGCCUAGACACAGACGAGUGCUUAGCAACACCCUGCCAGCAUCACUGCAAGAACAGCAUUGGCAGCUAUAGAUGUUCCUGCCAUGCUGGCUUCUACCUCCAUGGAAACCGGCACUCCUGCGUGGAUGUAAAUGAAUGCCGCCGACCUAGUGAGAAACGAACCUGCCAGCACUCCUGUCACAACACGCUGGGGAGUUUCAUAUGCAGCUGUCGGCCAGGGUACCAUCUCAGCGGGGAUCGAGUGUCAUGUGAAGGUUUUUCAAAGACUAGUCUGGGCCCUUCUCCCAUCUUGCAGUCUCUCCAGCACCCACCAACUCUGUUGCGCCUUUCUCCAGAAUCACCUGCUGGAUCUCCAAGGGUCUCUCCUCCUUCCUGGGCUCCUGCUCCACACAGCGCACCCAGGACUCCACCUCCUUCCCCGUCCCCUUUCACUCGCUUGCUGCUUCGACAGUCAUCCUCUCCCACCCCUUCUCCUCCUCUCCCAACUGCUUUCUUUGGCACACCCUUCUUGCUGAGGACUGCCAGGCCUUUGGUGACAACGAGCCCACUGCCACCCUCAUUGCUGCAAGAAGAGAUUGCAACAUCCAUUCCUCCAAGUCCCUCGGCUCCAUCGAUUUCACUUCCAUCCUUGCCUGCAACCUGCUGGUAUGAAGGGUCUCUUCAUGAGAAUGGCAGCCACUGGAUAAAACAGGGGUGUCUAAAUUGCUCCUGUGAGGGUGGGCAAGUGCGGUGUCAAGCCAUGAUGUGCGAGGUUACCUGCUCCCACCCUAUUCCAGCAGCAGAAGGGGAGUGCUGUCCCAGUUGCAGAGGCUGCCUCUAUUAUGGGAUUUCCAGAAUCGAGGGAGAAGUUUUCUCUCUUUCUGCGGACAACUGUACGGUCUGUGUCUGCCUGGCGGGCAAUGUUUCCUGUAUUUCUCCAGAAUGUGCACCCAGUCCAUGUCCCAGCUUUACUCAGAGUGAUUGUUGUCCCUGUCAACCAGUAGAGUGCCAUUUUCGUGGUCAGAGUUAUGCAGAAGGGACUGAGUUUAGCCUGGAUGGUGAUGACUGUACCACCUGUGUGUGCAGGCAAGGUGAAGUUGAGUGCUCCUUUGCACCCUGUCCCACUCUGGAGUGUCCCCAAGAUGAGUGGCUGUUGGCUCCAGGGCAAUGUUGUUUCACCUGCCGAAAAGCUGCACCAACGACAGGUUGUUUUGUGGAUGACAAUGGAGUUGAAUUUCCAAUUGGACAGAUUUGGUCACCGGGUGAUCCCUGUGAGUUAUGCAUCUGCCAGGCAGAUGGUUCAGUGAGCUGUAAGAGGACCGACUGUUUGGAGACGUGUCCUCACCCUAUACGGAUCCCUGGGCAGUGCUGUCCAGAUUGCUCAGCAGGCUGCUCUUAUGCAGGAAGGAUCUUUUACAACAAUGAGACAUUUCCCUCUGUUUUGGAUCCAUGCCUAAGUUGCAUCUGUCUGCUGGGCUCAGUGGCUUGUUCCCCUCUGGACUGCAUUGUCUUUUGUACAUAUCCUUUCCACCCGGAAGGAGAAUGCUGCCCAGUUUGUCAUGACUGCAAUUACAAAGGGAGGAAAGUGGUGAAUGGUCACAACUUUGUACCAGAAGGUGAACCUUGCAUUUCUUGUACCUGCCGGUUGGGAGAAGUGAACUGUGAGAAGAGGGUUUGUCCAAGCACGUGUACUGCACCUUUUGACCCCCCAAUACAUUGCUGCCCUGACUGCCAAGGUAAUGAAAUCAGAGAUGAUGUGCCCUCACUGGAGAGUACCCUAAAUGACUCUCACCUGGAAGACCAAGAGCCAGAGGCAGCCUUGCAAUCAUUCCUGGGACACUCAAUGGACAGAAAUUGUAGCCACUGCUACUCCAGCCCUUCACCUGCCUCACUCAGUCCAGAGGUUCAUCUUGCAAGUGCUUUAGAGGUGCCACCUGCAAGCCCAACUGCACAUGGGAAUGUUGAGUUCCAGCCAACAAGACAAGAAGAUCCCGGGAGGCUGCAUCUCAACAGACCACCAAGUGUCAAGCCCCUUUCUUCUUGGCUAGGCUAUUCUCCAAUGACCCAGACAAAAUCAAGGUCCACUGUACACAUUCUGAAUAGGCUGAAAAGCAAUGGUUCUCCUUCCAUUGGGCCAAGUGACUUCCCUGCAAGUCACCCUAAUCUCCUUUCUCUUGGUGCAAAGUCCACUGAAACAGCUUUGCCUUCCCCUGCUGUUCAUGCUUCCUCAAAGCUCAGGAAUUCUAUGGCUGUCCUCUUCCAGCCCUCAACCACCCCCAAUCACUUCCAGCUGAAACUCGUUCCUCUUCAACCAGUGGCCCCCAGCCUAGCCUCUUCUCAGGAACUUUCUGGGAAUGCAUCCCAAAUAACAGGUUCAUCCACAGCCAAACAGAAAACUGAGGAGAACAUCUCUACAUCAUCUCCUUGGGGGGGAAAUAACCUCAAUAUUACUGAUCCUUAAGUUGGAAGGAAAGCCAGGCUUGUUUUGAUACAAAGGAGCAUAACCACUUCAACCUCAUAGGUGAUGGAGAACCUGUACAAAUAAGGUUGCCACUAGUGGUCUGAGCGGGCCCUGCCACUAGUUCUUCCUGACCCUAUCCACUGUCUGCCUUCUUGAGGAGCAGGUCUUAUUAGUGAGGGCAUUAGUUCAACCCCAGCUAGUACUGAGGGUUUGAGACUUUGUGUGUUUACCUCAGUCAUAUCUACUUGGCCUUCAAACAUGAUAGGAUAGUGUCUCUUUUUUUCCAAUAUUGGCAUGAAGAUUCCAGCAGGUGUGAUAGGUCAAAAGACUAUCGAUCACAGUAGUAAUCUUUUAUUUUUAAUGAUAUAGCACUGUCCUUGGUACCAAGAAAAAUGAUGUCUGCUGCCCACAGUUACAUCUCAUAGCAUGCCUAGCAUAGAUAUAUUGCUAGUGCUUGCUGACUUAUAUUUGACAUUUCAAGAUGUGACAGCUCAAGGUUCAAGGCAGUAUAAGAUACACCACAAGCAGAUUUUGACCCUGAAUUAUAAACAAGCAGCAUCCAACAGGCUUGCAUAAAAGCCAGUAUGGGUUUGGCAUGUAGUGGUCCAGCAGCUGAAUCUUUCUAUGUUUGCAAGAGACCCCAUGUUGUUAAGAGACUGGAAUGGGUGCAAUGUCACACACCUCCUGAAUGAUCACUGGUUAAUUUCUCAAACUGCUAUAAAGCAGAUAACAUAACCACCCUACCUCAGAGAGCAUAUGUAUACUGUACCAGCCUGUCAAGACUUGGUACUAUGUCAGUUGCGACUUCCACAGAGCAUCCUCAGGACUGUAUUUUAAAGUUUAUGCUAAGUAUCCUCUGUCAAAGAGUUCUACUUCUCUUUUUACAGAGUUGCAUUUCAUGGUGCUCCCUAAGGAAGAGGGAAUGUCAAAAUGAGUUAUAUAGAUAUGCCUGUAGUGUACUGAAGCUGUCUUUAAGUGCUGUACUUAGUAUCAAGGCAAUAAUGGCAUUCUCCGAUUUUUAUUCCCAGACCUGUUGAAUACAUUCCCUAGUCAGAAUUCACAAUAUCCCCAGAAUUAGGAGCCAUAUUGACAUCACUUGAUGAUACUCAUCUGACUGUGUUACGACAUUUUCUUCUGGUGUUUGAUUUGAAAUGUCUUUUUCAAACAUGUGUUCCUUCAUUUACAUGAGCAAUUGAGGAACAUGUAUUCUUAAUUGAGUUGCCAUGCUAUGCUGCAAGAUGUCAAAAUCAGUUCUCAAACUAUGAUUUUUGGUAUAUUUUGUUUUCCGUAUUUUAUAUAAAAGCUUGACAUUACAUUGCAGUUAACGUUUCCAUUUGUGGGGAGAAUAUGAUUCUUGUCUGUACAAGCUAAAGCUUAUUUCAAUAAAUGUAACCUGAAUUUCUGCUAAAA